GCAGGUAGGACUGCUAACAGAAUGUGCUAGUCCAUCUGAUUCAAUCCAAACCAGAGUGACCCACCGGUCUCUUUUGUUUGCAAUAACCGUUGGACGCGACUGACUCUCAAGGAGAUCGUACUUUUGUACAAUUUAGGAGAAGGAAGUCUUUCAGUCUGCCUAAGACAAUUCUUGGCUUCGUAACAAAGGUGAUCCGAUCUGGUCACCAUCUUCUUCUUCUCGCUGGGAUUAUCAUGUCUGCGGAGCAGCACAGACUUUGACCACAAAAACACUCCUGACAUUUUUACUUUCUUAGCUCUUGGCUUUGAUUUGGUCGGACACCAAUAGCCAACAUGUUGAACCAGAGUGCUGUGAUGGUCUUUACAGGACUUUGUGGGGCAUUGGUGGUCAUGGCAAUGGCCUACUACGUCUACUGGACUGUAGUAUUGGCUGAGGGACCGUGUAAACGCGGCUUGUAGAAGGAUCCCACCGUGGUUGGUCGUAGUGUAUAGAGGAGCCCCUCCAGCUCUCCAGGCUCCUCAAAAAUGGCUUUGGUGGGUUACCUGAAGAGCCUGUUCAUCCUGCAGCUGCUGAUGGGCUUCGUGUUCGUGGUGAGCGGCCUUAUCAUAAACUUCAUCCAGCUCUGCACCUGCGUCCUCUGGCCAGUCAACAGGCAGCUCUAUCGCAGAAUCAACUGUCGGCUGUCCUAUUCACUCUGGAGCCAACUGGUGAUGCUGCUGGAGUGGUGGUCCGGCACUGAGUGCACCCUAUACACCGACCAGGCUACGGUGGACAAGUUUGGCAAAGAACAUGUCAUCAUCAUCCUCAACCACAACUACGAGAUUGAUUUCCUGUGCGGUUGGACCAUGUGUGAGAGAUAUGGAGUCCUAGGAAGUUCCAAGGUGCUGGCCAAACACGAGUUGCUGAAAGUUCCUCUGAUAGGCUGGACCUGGUACUUUUUAGAAAUAGUCUUCUGCAAGAGAAAGUGGGAGGAGGACAGAAAGACUGUGUUUGCUGGCCUGGACAGGCUCAGAGACUAUCCAGAGUAUAUGUGGUUCCUGCUCUACUGUGAAGGAACACGCUUCACAGAGAAGAAGCACCAAAUCAGCAUGCAGGUAGCAGAGAGUAAAGGGCUACCCAAACUUAAAUAUCACCUCCUGCCCCGAACCAAAGGAUUCACCACCACACUGCACUGUCUAAAGGGCACAGUGAAGGCUGUGUAUGAUGUGACCCUCAACUUCAAAGACAACCAGACGCCGACUCUCCUGGGCAUCGUCAAUGGGAAGAAGUACAAGGCUGACAUGCAUAUCAGACGGUACCCUGUGGAGGAAAUACCAGAUGAUGAGAAGGAGUGUGCAGACUGGCUGCAUAAGCUGUACCAGGAGAAGGAUGCCUUACAGGAAGCGUACAACAAGGAUGGCAAGUUCCCCGGCCCCACAAUAAUCCCGCGCCGCAGAAUAUGGACGCUGCUCAACUUCCUGUUUUGGGCCACUUUGUUGCUCUCACCCCUGAUCAACUUUGCGUGUGGAGUCGUGGUCAGCGGCUCCCCUCUCCUCAUCAUCGGCUUCACCAUCUUCCUCAUCAUAGCCUCGGUUGCCAUCAGGCGUCUCAUUGGGGUCACUGAGGUCAAGAAGACAGGGUCCAGUUAUGGCGACCAGGAGGCCAAGAAACAAAACUGAGCCACGUCGGCUGUUUGUUUACGGUCGUCUGCUGUCUCCCCCUACCCAAGUCCAUUCUCCUCCUGCCGUCGGGUACAUGGGUAUGUUGUGGAGGAGACCCUGUCAAAGUAAACUAGAGACCACAGUUAGGAAUCCUGGGUGAUGAGAGGGAGAGCAUGAAAGGUCCAGGGUUCAAGCUUUCUGAAAAUAAGGAGGGGCGCAGUGCUGUAGUCUCCUCCAUUGUGAUUCACUCUCCUCAUCCGCAUCCGAAGAAAUCCAUCUAACCAAGAUUUCAAACACCUGACCAGUCCCUCACAUGUCCCGAGCAGCGAACAAGCUCAUUCCCUGUGACGCAACCGCUAAUUCCACUUCCUGCCACUCAGAUUAGCCCAUUUACAGUGGUCACAUGCUCUUUGUUUGUGUUUGCAGAAAACAAAACACAGCUUUUACAACUGCUGCAACAGGAACCGGUGCCUUCAGACCCAGCCUGGUUUAGUUCUUGUACAGAUCACAACACUACACCAACAAACUACAGAUCGUCUGGGUUUAGUUUUUGUUAGCCAUCUUAGCUCCAAGACUAGCGUGCCGUUGUGUUGUUGCUGCCGAAAAUGUCAAAUUUAUCCCGCCCUAUCCCACAGAUUGAAGAUCGCAGAUUGAAUGUAAUUAAAAGUGAAGUGGACCUUGAUAACUGUUUUUGAAACCUGGUUGUUUGUGUUGUCAAAGCUCCAAUCCUGAACCUCCAAAGGUUUUUAAAUAAACCCAAACUACUUAGGUGGAGUUGCAUUAAGUUGAGAUGAAACUUUGGUGCUCUGAAUUUUUUCUGGUUUAAAUUAAUGUUAGCGACGCCAGUAGUUUACGUUUUCUUUAAAACUAAGCAGAAAAUUGACAGAGAAAUUUGAACUCCAGUCUUUUGAGCAGAAAAGAUGCUUCAGUUUACCGGUCUAUUCUACUCAUCACAGUGCAGAUGUCUGACAUCCAUGUUUCCCAGGCUCAUUGGAGCUUGCAUGCUUGUAUCUUUUUGAGAUAAAGUCUAAGGCGUUUUCGUCUGAAACAUCAGCACAGUGAUGCUUUGAAUAGACACCAUUUAAUCUACUGAUCUACUUUCCUGUCAGGUGUUUUUCCCACUUUUACUUUCGUGUUUUGUCAAUUACACGUUGAAUAACUGUUUCAAAGGCUGCCGUCUGUUCCACUACAACAAGGGCUCCUGAUGUGAAAACACUCUUGUCACAGGACCGCCAUAUCACACCUCUUCAUUCUGACACAGCGUGCAGUUUCCAGGUGAAUGGAGAAGUGGUUUUCCUAAUAAAGGAGUACAUCUUCACUCUUACGUUAGGUGUGGUGGUUGGCAAGCAUCCUGUCGUGCCUGAUGUGUGUGUCGGCAAUAGGUCACCAACUGACUCACAGCUGUCGGCUUGUUAUUUCUGUCUCCAAAUUUAGGCCGCUCUAGUGAUGUUGCAACCUUUGCCUUAAAUUUUUGCCCACUAAGGCCAAGGAUUUCUCAGCCACCACCUUCUAGUUCUCAACAGGGUGUGAAACUUCCAGCAGCUUUGUUAGGCUGUCGAUCUUGUCGAGGCAGGUUUUCAAAGAUGGAUGUCUGACUUGUUUUGGGGACAGCAAGCUUUUUGUUGUUCUUCAUUUCCCAGUCUCCCUAUAGAAAUGUUUUUACCAUGUCAAGUUUGUCCUCCCACCCUCCCCUGGACUCCCGUGUUUUGUUUUUUGGUUUUUGUUUUUCUACCACCACACUUUCAUCAGUGCAGUGUGGUGCACCACAACCCAGAUGAAUUCCAUGCAAGCCUUAAUAGAUAGUACUGUUUCAUCUUUCCGUGAGAAACAAACUGAUCCCUGUACACCUAAAAUUUCCUGUCACUCCUGGGUCAUACAAAAUGAGCGAGACGGCGCUUGGCGUGGCAAAAGCUGUUUGAAACCGAUCCAUGCUUUUCACACAAAUGUGAGUCACAUUACCUCUGAUUUUCAUGAAAUAUUAGGUUGUAAGCUGAUUAAAUCAUGAAACAUUUGCUGCCAGUUUCCAUAACUAAUAAAACCUGUUGCUUUCAGUUUGUCUGUACAUCCUGGGACCACGGUUACAUUUCAGUUAGCUGCACCUCUUUGCUUUAGCUGUUUUGUUUUUUUUCUUCCUCCAAGACAAAGACACGUGAAUAUUAAAGCACUAAAUCACC